CUGCAGAGGCUGAGCAGCCUGGAGUUAAAGGAAUGACAGCUGGCAUCCAGCUGGGACAGGCGCAGCCUACUGAGCCAAAGUUCAAGGACACGAAAGUCAAGAGUGAGGCUGGCAAUGGAGCAGCUCAGGUUGGGUCAGUUCUGGAGAGGAGCCUCACUCUUGGGGAGGACAGUGACACAGAUGUGGAAGGAGAGGGGGUUCCUAUGACCCCAUGUGUAGGUCCUGGGAAGAAGAAGCAAGCCCUGCUUGGAGUUGGUACAGGGGACCCUGGAGCACCUGGAGUGGGACAUGUGCAGGGCAGCCCAGCCUCAGCUGUGGAGGAGGGCAGGGCGCCAGUGGCUGUCCCUUCCGAGACAAACCACACACCCAUGGUGAUUGACAGCGACACAGACGAGGAAGGUGAAGUCUCAGCAGCACUCACCUUGGCCCAUCUGAAAGAGAGGGGAAUUACUUUGUGGAGCAGAGACUCGGGCAUGGAAGACGUCAAGUCCCAACCCCAGGUCCUUGUAGAGCGAAGCCAGAGUGCCUCUGGAAGAGACAGUGACACAGACGUGGAGGAGGGAAAGAGAGAAAUGGUCCCUGACAGCCCCAUGGACACAGAGAGCCAGCCUCCCCAUAGAGCCAGAGAUGGAGGUGAGGAUGUGGACAUGAACUCCCCUGGUGGCCACCUAGAGGGAAAUCAGGCCUCCUCUGCCACAGUAGACAACAAUGCUACACAAGUGGAGGAGGAAGUCCCGCCAGAGCCAGCUGUUACCCUCGGGGAGAAGCACCAGCUGCCUCUAGAGGAAGCCCAGCCUUCUGAGGAGGCCUGGGAAGCAGCUGUGGGGGAAGGCUCCUCUUCAGCAGUGGCAGAUGUAAGAAAGAGCCAGCAGCUGGUAGCAGAAGAUGCUGGGAGAGAGUGUGCCACAGCUGUUUCUGAGGCGGAGAGCACUCUUGAGGUGGGGGCCCAAAGCAGGUCACCUACUGCACCAGUGGAGCAGGUGGUGGUGUAUACAGGUACUCGAGGGGAUCCCACACAGCCACAGAGAGAGGGAGCACAAAUGGGCAGAACCAAGACUGCCAAAGACUGCUCUGACGAAUCUGACGAUCUGUGCCUUCCAGCUACCCAGUGCUUUGUAGAAAGGGAAAGCCAGAGCUCAGCAGCUCAGAGUUUGGAAGAUGAGCCUACCCAGGGCUUCCUAUGUACUCUGCCCCAAGAGCCUGGGCCUUCCCAUCUUAGCCUUCAGACUCCAGGUAUAACAAAGUCUCUCUGAACCCUCAGCUUCGUAUUCUUUCUUGUUUUCUUCCUCUACAUCCUUUCAUGGUCUGUCUUGUUGGGAACUGUGGACCCACAGACCCUGAAUUUUCUGUAAACAACUUGUUUUCUUCUGCUUGCAGCUGCUUUGAACACAAGACAGGAGAGUGGUUUCUGGUGGGCUUGCCGCUGAGAGUUAGGGCAUAGCCGUUUGUCAAGGAGACCCUACAUAAGCUGCCCUGGAACACAAUACAGUUGGCAUUCUUGAGGCAUUCGUGGUGUUCUUGUUUCAAGAGUGACGUGUGUGUGUGUGUGUGUGUGUGUUUCAGUCAGCAGCCCCUUGCCCAGCUCGCGAACCUUGCAGUAGUGCAGGCAGUAUGCUACAGCCUUAUUACUGUAGUACAAGAAGUACAGUCGCUACAGGACCAUAGUACCACGUAGCACAGGAAUUACAAGUCUUAUUUUAGAUUUAUCUAUUUUUAUGUGUAUGAGUGUUUGCUUGCAUGUACUUACGUUCACCAUGUGCAUGCCUGCUGCUCACAGAGGUCAGGAGAGAUUGUCUUAUCCCUGGAACUGGAGUUAAGAACAGUAGUGAGAGUGUUCUUACUCAGGCGAUGGUGGCGCACGCCUUUAAUCCCAGCACUCGGAGGCAGAGGCAGGCGGAUCUCUGUGAGUUCGAGGCCAGCCUGGUCUACAGAGCGAGUUCCAGGACAGGCUCCAAAGCCACAGAGAAACC